AUGUUAGGCGUAUUCAGAGUAGUUUUACUUUUAAGUGUAAUUUAUUUAUGUAAGGCUUCUGAGGAAGAUGUAUUAGAUUUGACUGAUGGAGAUUUUGAAAGUGCGAUAUCUCAGCAUGACACCGCAUUGGUCAUGUUUUAUGCACCAUGGUGCGGCCAUUGCAAACGAUUGAAACCGGAAUAUGCGGUAGCGGCCGGCAUCCUUAAGACCGAUGACCCUCCAGUGGCCUUGGCUAAAGUUGAUUGUACCGAAGGAGGCAAGAGCCUCUGUGAAAAAUAUUCUGUGUCUGGUUACCCUACCCUGAAGAUCUUCAGAAAGGGAGAGCUUUCUCAGGAAUAUAAUGGCCCAAGAGAAUCAAAUGGCAUUGUGAAAUACAUGCGUGCUCAAGUUGGUCCAAGCUCCAAAGAUCUGCUUACGGUUGAGAGCUACGAAGCCUUCCUUAACAAGGAUGAAGUGGUUGUAAUUGGUUUCUUUGAGAAGGAGUCUGAUCUUAAGGGUGACUUCCUCAAGGUUGCUGAUAAAAUGAGAGAAGAAAUCACAUUUGGUCACUCUUCUGCUAAAGAGGUCUUGGAGAAAUCUGGAUACAAAAACAAUGUGGUGCUCUACCGUCCUAAACGCCUGCAAAACAAGUUUGAAGAACCAUCUGUUGAAUACAAGGGUGAAGAAGAUUCUCUGAGGGCAUUCAUCAAGGCUAAUUACCACGGAUUAGUUGGAAUUCGCCAGAAAGACAACGUCAGAGACUUCACUGAUCCUUUGGUUGUUGCCUACUAUGAUGUAGACUAUGUCAAGAACGUUAAAGGAACCAACUACUGGAGAAACAGAGUACUUAAGGUUGCCAAAGAAGUUGAUGAGGUAAACUUUGCUGUCAGUGACAAAGAUGACUUCACCCAUGAACUGAAUGACUAUGGCAUUGACUUUGCAAAGGGUGACAAACCAGUUGUUGCUGGACGAGAUGCUGAUGGCAACAAAUUUGUAAUGUCCCCUGAAUUCAGCAUUGAAAGCCUGCUAGCCUUCAGCAAAGACCUUCUCGCUGGUAAACUAGAGCCCUUCAUCAAGUCUGAACCAGUACCUGAGAGCCAGGGUGCUGUCAAGGUGGCAGUCGGCAAAAACUUUAAGGAAAUUGUCACUGACAGUGGUAGGGAUGCCUUAGUUGAGUUUUAUGCUCCGUGGUGUGGACACUGUCAGAAGUUGUCUCCAGUAUGGGAUGAACUUGGAGAAAAGCUCAAGGAUGAGGAGGUUGACAUAGUGAAGAUAGAUGCCACAGCCAAUGACUGGCCUAAAUCUUUAUAUGAUGUGUCUGGUUUUCCAACUAUCUACUGGAAGCCUAAGGACAGCAGCAGGAGACCAGUGAGAUACAAUGGUGGACGAGCUGCAGAAGACUUUAUCAAAUACGUAUCAGAACAAGCCACUGAUGAGCUUAAGGGUUGGGAUAGGAAGGGCAAUGUAAAGAAAGACGAGCUGUAG